AUGAGUGUAUCUGAUCUUUUGUAUGGAGAUGCGGUAUACACACCCACCUCAUUAACACUUCCAAAAAAAAAAAAAACAAAUGUGCAUACAGUUGAAGAAAAGAAUUCGAUAGUUCUGAUCCUAAUGGUUGCAUUGAAAAGAAACGAGAAAAGGACCGGCUCACCAUUAGCAAAUGGUGGGGCUAAGAGAGCCAAAUCUACAGCGUCGCUGGUUUUACAUUCGUAUUCUCGAUUGCCAGAUAUCAACAAUCAUCCCGUCACUAAGACUAAGCCGUUAAAUAUCUUCGUAUGGGGCACAGGUUCUAUGUGUGAGCUAGGCCUCGGACCUGAUGCUAAAACUAAAGAAGUGAAACGACCACGCUUAAACCCUUUCCUUACGAGUGAGAAGAUCAAAGCCGAUGGAAUAGUUGACUUUGCUGUUGGCGGAAUGCAUGUGCUUGCUUUGGACUCAAACAAUAACGUUUGGAGCUGGGGAACCAAUGACAGCAAGGUUCUUGGCAGGGAUACUUCAAACGCUAAAGAAAAUUUGAAAUCGAUGGACAAAGAUGAUUCGGACGACGAGGACGGAGAUUUGAACGAAGCAGAGUCGACUCCUGGAAUGGUCGAAAAUCUCCCUAAGAUUGACGCUCAUAUUGUUCAGCUUGCUGCAACGGAUAACCUAAGUGCAAUAUUAUAUAGUAACGGCGAUGUUUACGCAUGGGGUACUUUUAGAUGCAAUGAGGGCAUGCUCGGCUUUUCGAAAUCAACCCGAGUUCAGGAAACUCCCAUCAAACUCGCCAGCUUGAAAAAUAUUGUACAGCUAGCAGCAGGUAAAGACCAUGUUUUGGCAUUGGAUACGAAGGGAAUUGUUUAUGCUUGGGGUAAUGGACAACAGUUCCAAUUAGGAAGAAGAAUUUUAGAAAGACAUCGGUUGGCAGCAUUAGAGCCUCAACAAUUCGGCCUCUAUGAUAUCAAGUACAUCUCUAGUGGAGAUUUCCAUUGCUUUGCGAUUGAUAGGGAUGACAACGUAUAUACUUGGGGUUUGAAUCAAUUUGGGCAAUGUGGCAUUACAGACGAAAACGGAGAACUUGAAGAUGGUUCCUUAAUUGUUAAACCAACAUUAAUUCCGAAAUUGAAGGACUUAAAGAUUAUAGAAAUUGCAGGAGGAGAACAUCACACUUUAGCACUUUCUUCUAAUGGUGAUGUUUACUCAUGGGGAAGAUAUGACAUGAAGGAAAUUGGUAUUCCAGCCGAUAAGCUUCCAGACUCUACAUACAAGGAUCAACAUGGAAAACCAAGAUCAGUACCUGAGCCAACUCGCAUUGAAUUUGCCAAUAAUGAACAGGUAAAGAUGAAAACAAUUGCUGCUGGAUCCCACCAUUCAUUUGCUGUUACGGUUGAUGGAAUGGUGUACUCUUGGGGUUUCGGUGAUACUUAUGCUCCUGGUCUUGGUCCCAUAGAUGGAGAUGUUGAAAAACCGACGAGAAUCGUUAAUACCGCGACUAAAGAAAUGGACAUUCAAAUCAUAGGAGCCGGCGGACAAUUCUCAGUAAGUGGAGGCAUAAAAAUAGACGAAGAUGCCGCUGAGGACCGUCUCGAAAAGUACGAAGACAUUGACGCAAAACAGUGA